AUCUUUAAGCGUUGUCGGAUUGGGACAAGGCCAGCUACCUUCCACUCCGAGACGCUAAAUAACGAACACGAGAUGUCAAAUUUUUAGGUUAUGAUUUGAUAACCUACAAAUAUUUUAUAAAAACUCAAAACAGAAAAUUUAAAAUUUAAGCCUAAUUUCUAGUAUAAUUUAGUUUAUAGCUUUAGAAAAAUGGUCGAGGAACAAAGACAAAGGGUAGAACAAGAGAUGACUAAGAUGAUAAAUGAACUAGAUGUUGACUACCUAAGAAAAAUGCAAGCAGCAAUGCAUAAAUGUGCAGCGGCAUGUUGUGAAAAUAAUUCAGCUUCCUUAGAAAGUGUGCAAAAAUGUGUGGAAAGCUGCUCAGUUAAGUUGACAUGGGCUCAAGGCUAUGUACAGCGGGAGCUAGAGCAACUGCAAAAUAAGUUACAGAGAUGUGUUAUGGAUUGUAAUGAUGAAGUUCGGGUCAAAAUGGGGCCAAAUCCAACUCACUCUGAGGUGAAUUUAUUAACUGGAUUGAUCUAUAUCAAAUGAUAAAAGGAGCAAUUAAAAGUUAUCCUGUGGUUCUCUCAUUGAUCAAUCUCGGUGCUUCACAUGCUAAAUAAAACCACAAAUAUUGAAAAAUAUACAGCAAUUUUUGAAAAAUGUGCAAAAGGAUGUGUAGAUAAGCAAGUGGACUAUAUGCCAUCAUUGCUGAAAAAAAUGAAAACAGAUUUAGCCAAACAGCAAUGAUAUGUUGGAAUCUAUUCAGUGAGCAGAAGACUGUUUUUCUUUGUAUAGUCAAUAUGAAAAUUCAUAUAUAGUUAGUUGUCUAUUUUGUAGGUGCAACAUGUUUUUUAAAGGUGAAUACAUUGUUUUCUAAAAAUGUAGUUUUUACUGUAAUAUCA